AGUAAGGAUAUCACCCAGCAACCCCUCCUCCACCUGGCCACCCAGGGCUGUGAGAUAACCCUCCAAUGAUAAUGGCUGCCCUGCCCUCACACUGGGGGCUUCAUGGUAACAAGGUCAGGUCGCCGACGCCGCAGCCAAGAUGGCCCUCUCCUCUAAACAUCUCGCCACUGCCUCUCCCACUCUCCACCGCCACGCGCUUCAUUACCCGCGUCUGCCACCCACUUGAAGCAACACGCUCGAUGAUGUCCUGCGCACCACCUCCAUGGGCCAGUGCCGGACCAGCUCUUCCCCGCAGCCUUGGGUGCCCCAACACUCCCGAGUGUUAGAUAGUGCCAUCGCCCGCCCUCCGCCUGGGCCACACGACUCGCCCGUGUGACACGACACUCACUGCUCACUGGCACCGCCUGUGUAUGUGUGUGUGUGUGUCCUGAUCCCUUCUGCCCUUGGUGAAGGACUACCCCUCAGACCAUCCAGCAUUUCCUGCUUCACUGCCACCGCUUCCUCUCACCGCACUGCACCGCCCUGCCCACCCUCCCGCCCACCACAACACUGAACACUCCGCCGCAUUAGUUAUCUGUACCUUCGUGAGGAAGAGUGGCUAGCUACCGCGCCUGUCACACCCACACAGGACUACCCCAGGGGACCACGGUUCAUAAGGAUCCAUAGAUCUUUGUGGCCCUAACAACAACAGCAGCAGCAGCAACCAUAAAAAUCUGCAGCGUGGACCACAAACGCCACACUUCAUAAAAUGGGCAAAGUACGAAGACUACGGCAAAAAUAUCACGCAAGUUUAGCAAAAGAAAAGGUUGAAAAUGCAGCAAAGGAGCAUGACAUCAUAAAGAGUGGCCUUCAGCAGGUGCCACAGGUCCAGAGUGUGGCAGCUGGUGAUCCAGUGAAUAGGCACAAUAUAUUUGCUGGGCUGCAGAUCAAACUACAAGAAGUGGAAAACACACCGGCACCAAGCCAUGUGGAGGGCGACAACAUGAGUGUUGCUUCAGUGAGUCAGCAGAGCCAGCUGGGCACCAAGGCUGAUAAGAGAAAAAAGAGACAUCAAGAACUUUUGGAAAAAAUUGAUGUUGUCCGAGCUAGACAACGAGCAGAAAAAAAUCGCAAGAAACGUGAGAAGACUGUCAUAACUGGAGACCUGCAUCCAUUACUUAGUGCACUGCCUUCACUGGGGGAACUUACAACAUCCAUUAGUAAAAGCAAGAGUUCUGACUUAAAAACACCUCGUGAAACUCCCAAACAGAAAACUGCAAAGAAACAAACCUUGGCAGACAUCGAGAUGUUUGCCUCUAUCCACCAAGACCCUCACUUCAUCAAGGAUCCAUUUAAGGCUGUGGCACUUGCACUUGAGAACAGAGUUUUGAGUGAAGACCAUUAAGCUACUGCACUGUCAUUUAUAUUUUUCAGACUUGUAAUAAAAUGUAUGAUAUUGA